CAGAAGCACACACGUACGGCCUCAACCAUGCUGUGCAAGAAUACCAUGGCCUCCCUUGUCUUCCUUGUGGCGCUGCUGCUCUCAUGCAGCUCCAUGAGCAGUGCAGCACGGCACCUAGAGGAGGCUGUGCCUAAGAAGCAGUAUCCACCACAUCCGAUCGUCCCAGAGCUACCAAAGCCCGAACUCUCGCCGCACCCUGCCGUGCCCGAGCUGCCGAAGCCUGAACCACCGCACCCUCUAGUGCCCGAAGUGCCACACCCCAUGGUGCCGGAGACGCCAAAGGAGCCUGAAGUGUCACACCCCAUGGUGCCGGAGGUGCCAAAGCACGAGCUGCCACCGCACCCUGCUAUGCCCGAGCUCCUGAAGCCUGAACUGCCGCAUCCGGCUGUCCCGGAGACGCCAAAGGAAGUGCCACAUCCCAAGGUGCCGGAGGUGCCAAAGCACGACCUGCCACCGCACCCUGCUAUGCCCGAGAUCCCGAAGCCCGAACUGCCGCAUCCGAUUGUGCCUGCGGUGCCAAAGGAGACUCAAGCGCCACACUCAAUCGUUCCGGAGGUGCCAAAGGAGCACGAUCUGCCACACCCUGUCGUGCCGGAGGUGCCAAAGAAGCCUGAAGCGCCACACCCCGUCGUGCCAGAGGUGCCAAAGGAGCACGAGCUGCCGCACCCUGCGAUGCCAGAGUUGCCAAAGCCUGAAAUGCCACACCAUGCCGUGCCUGGGGUGCCGAAAGAGCCCGAGUUACCGCACCCUGUUGUGCCAGAGGUCCCGAAGCACGAAAUGCCGCCGUUCCCCAAAGCCGAGCUGCCUCCGAAGCCCAAGUUCCACUUUCCGGAGCCAGCGGCCAAGCCAUGAUAGGACUAGCUACAUCCGCGUAGUGCCCGUUAUCUAAGUAUUAAAACUAUAGACUAUACAUGUGUGUGUGUGAAAGAGAGAGAGAGAUUGUUAUAGACUUAUUUGCAGGGAAAACUUUAUUUUUGCCACUCUA